AUGAUCACCUCUAAGGACACUCAACUUGCUCUGAUACACAUCCCGCUGCACCUGUAUCGCAACUUCCUUCAGUCAAUUCUUCAACUAGUAUUGCCCAAUGCAACGCGCAAGGCUUUCGGGAACGGUUCUGGUGCGGUGCAGCCUCCGAAAGGCUGGCCUUGCGAGCAUCCUUUUGUGAAUAUCUCUAUCACGCCAGUCGAGUGCUCCAUAGUAUGCUCGAGGACACUUGCGAGUGAACUGUUCGUGCCUGUUCUCAAUUCGUUGGAUGCUGAAUCGAAAGAGUCUGUCAGCAUCACUACAGAUGACUUCGUUGUAAUGCAAGUCGAUGGUGAAGGACUUGACGCAGGCCAACGCGUCUUGGAGCUUACGAGUCCUCUCGCUCUGGCCGGAAUUCCCAUCUUCUUUAUUACCACUUAUUUCUCCGACUACAUUCUGGUCCCAUUGCGACAUCGAUCACAGGUCGUUCAGGCACUAGAGGAACGUGGUUUCCAGUUCGAGAAGGACACUUCCUCAUACGUCAACUCGUUCCAAUAUGGCCGCAAACACUCGGCCGCGUCACUCGAAGUUCAACCGCCCAGCACCCCUCCGCCCACCACUAUUUCAGAGCUUCAAACCAGGACCUUUGCAACGCUCAAGCGUCGAAGUAUUAUCCCUACAGUUGAUUCUAGUAUCCGACUCGUUCAGUGUGCCGGUCGCCGGGAUAGUGCGAAUGGCAUGAACCAAGCUCGCAAUCGCAACAGCAUGACCACUGCUGCCGACGACGCACUCCAUCUCGGUCUCGUAAAAUGCCUCAUCACCCAACCAUAUCCGAAAUUUUUAUCCCUCACGCUAACUGACACCGAAUCUGCGGCAUUGCUGUUCGACCACACUCUGUUGCCGCAUUUUGCGCAAGAUACUCUCCUCGGCUCAAGAGAUGAAUUUUUGACGCCAAUCACAUUGGAUCUGCGGGACUUGCCAAUGGAAAGUACGGGUAUUGUGUGUGGUGUAGCCGGCAGAUUGGUUGGCGAAACAACAGGACAGCUGGAAGAUCCUGUUGAAAUGAGUUAUCUGAGCACCGCGCGUGCCGGGACAGUCAUGGUAGCUGAACAGGAACUGGACCGUGCGCUCGACGCUCUGCGUGGUGCUGAAAAUGGCCAGUCAAAAUCAGACGAGUAG